AUGAGCCUGUCCCUCAUGAACACCAUAAAAGCUUAUUCCACUUGGCAGCAGUCCUCCUCACCUCGGGAACGACUCCUGAAUUCUUGCCCAAAUAGACGGAAACACUUUUUCUGUCUGAAAAUAUACACGGGGAAAAUAAACGUGUCGGCUGCAAUCGACCUAGAGCAGACGUACCGGCGGGCUGGCAACCUGGGAAACAUUUCUGGGCUCCGUCCGAGUCACGCGGCAAUUCCACGGCAGGAAUUGUGCAAUGGGGCGCGUCGGGCGGGCGGCCGGGGUGGAAAGAAGCGGGGGAGGCUGCCGCGGUGCCAACUCUUUUCCCUCCCUCGGGAACCCCGAGGCGCGACGGCGCGGCCAGGACGGCAGGGAUCCGGAUGGCCCCGCGCCCGGGCCAAGAAAGCCUCGCGUCGCUGCAGAGGCUGCGAGCCGAGCCCCGCGUGCGGGCAGCGCAGCGCAGCGCCAGAGCCCGCCCCCGCGCCCGGGACCGCGGGCCGAGGGGGCGGAGACGCGAGCGGGAACGGCGGCGGCGGCUCCCCUGCGGCCCCCGGCGACGCGGUGGGGAGGAGGGGCGGCGCAGAUUCGGCGCGGCGACCGCGGCGGGGAAGUCCGGGCUCCUACUUUCGGUUAGAAGCCCCGGGCUUCCAGCGGCGCCGCGCCCCCGCCCCCGCCGGCCGGCUCGCGCUUUCGGACGGUGACGCAGCCGUCCGGGUAGGCAAAGAAGUCUGCGCGGAAGCCGGGAACCUCCCCCGCCGCCGGCGCCUCCCCGCCCGCCCCCGCGCUGCCCCCAGGCCGCGCCUGCUCGGGGCCUGCGCUGGGGGUAGCCCCGGGAGGCCAGGCGGGACGCCCUCUGGGCGCGGGCUCGCUGAUAAACCUUCAGUCUGGUUCAUCACUCGUGUCACAGGCCUAGUGACGUGCGUUCUAUUAUUAGCGUCACUUAGAGCGCUCCCAGGGACAUCUGGGAACUCACUCACCCUUCUAACACUGGAGAGGGGACGCAGUCAUUUUAGGUCAGUACCCUCUCUGGCAGAUGAAAGAUUUAAUCCACUCAACGGGAAAAUCACUUACCCCUACCUUCAUCUAAUUAGUGACAGACGGCGAGCUAGGGGCCCUCUCUCUUGGAAGCGUGCAAGGGCUCUUGACACCUCACCUUCCUUUUCCUCCCAGAACCUUCAGAACGCUCUGAGGCCAGAACCUGACUUCCUCGGAGACCUGACGACAGUGAUGUGGGCGGGGACCUCCGGGAAGGAGGAGGAAGUCAAGUCACCGGGUUCGCAGCUGUCCUGUCUGCCACCCGCUAGAAAGGGACCUAGCACCUCAGGCCUAGAACCAGCCCUACAGGCCUGGGCCUCUUUGCUGGCUGGGACUGGGCCCUUUUAGAAGAGCUGCAGCCCAGUGAAAGAUAAAGUUGUGUGUGUGUGUGUGUGUGUGUGUGUGUGUGUGUCUGUGUCUGUGUGUCUGGAGCCGGGGUUGGGGGUGUGUGUGGGGGGGUUCUGACUGUGGA